ACAUUGGUAGUUGGCGUCGCGCAGAUUCUUUCAAGAUGGCCGCCCGUUGUUAUUGAACUGCGUGACAUGUGGCCCUUUUUCAGAGCGGCUACGAAAUAAUACAAAGAUGCCCGGGUCCAUAGAGAUCCCACUGCGAGACACAGAUGAGGUCAUUGAGCUGGACUUUGACCAGCUGCCCGAUGGGGAUGAGGUGCUCGGCAUCCUACGGCAGGAACAGGCCCAGCUCCACCUGUGGGUCAGCCUGGCGCUGGAGUACUACCGCCAGGGCAAGGUGGAGGACUUUGUGCGGCUGCUGGAGGCGGGGCGCACGGAGGCCCGCCUGGACUACGGGGACUUUGAGCAGGACCAGAUGACAUGCCUGGACACGCUGGCAGCCUACUACGUGCACAAGGCCAGCCGCGAGAAGAGCAAAGACCGCAAGCAUGAGCUCUUCACCAAGGCCACCCUGCUGUACACCACCGCCGACAAGAUCAUCAUGUACACACAGAACCAUUUGUUGGGGAGGGCCUACUUCUGCCUCCUCGAAGGAGACAAGAUGGAUCAGGCAGAUGCGCAGUUCAACUUCGUCCUGAACCAGUCUCCGAACAACAUUCCAUCUCUGCUGGGAAAGGCCUGCAUCGCAUUCAACAAGAAGGACUACAGAGGGGCCCUGGCCUUUUACAAGAAGGCUCUGCGCACCAACCCGAACUGCCCGGCCGAGGUGCGCCUUGGCAUGGGCCACUGCUUCUACCGGCUGGGUAAGCAGGAGAAGGCCCGGGCGGCCUUUGAGCGGGCCCUGGCUCUGGACCCCCAGUGCGUGGGGGCCCUGGCGGGCCUGGCCGUCCUGCAGCUGAACCUGAAGGGCCCCGAGGCGACCCGCACGGGGGUCCAGAUGCUGUCUCGGGCGUACGCUGUGGACCCUUCGUGCCCCGUGGUGCUCAACCAGCUGGCCAACCACUUCUUUUUCAAGAAGGACUACGGCAAGGUGCAGCACCUUGCCCUGCACGCCUUCCACAACACGGAGAACGAGGCCAUGCGGGCCGAGAGCUGCUACCAGCUCGCCCGCUCCUUCCACGUCCAGGAGGACUUCGACCAGGCCUUCCAGUACUACUACCAGGCGACGCAGUUUGCGCCCACGUCGUUUGUGCUGCCCCACUUUGGCCUGGGACAGAUGUACAUCUUCCGGGGGGAUGUGGACAAUGCGGCCCAGUGCUUCGAGAAGGUGCUCAAGGCCCAGCCCGGAAACUAUGAGACCAUGAAGAUUCUCGGCUCCCUGUAUGCCAACUCAUCGAGCCAGUCCAAGCGUGACCAGGCCAAAACCCACCUCAAGAAGGUGACGGAGCAGUUUCCGGAGGACGUGGAGGCCUGGAUCGAGCUGGCCCAAAUCCUGGAGCAGUCGGAUGUGCAGGCGGCGCUGUCUGCCUACGGUACCGCCACCCGCCUCCUCCAGGACAAGGUGAAGGCGGACAUCCCACCCGAGAUCCUCAGCAACGUCGGAGCGCUGCACUUCCGCAUGGGGAACCUGCAGGAGGCACGCAGGUAUUAUGAGGCGUCUCUGGAGCGCAGCCGCACGGAGUCUGGCAAUGACGAGCACUACUACGGGUCCAUCUCGGUGACGACGACGUACAACCUGGCGAGGUUGUACGAAGCCCUGAGCCUCUUCGACAGGGCCGAGCAGGCCUACAAGAACAUCCUCAGGGAACAUCCCAACUAUGUCGACUGUUACCUCCGCCUCGGAUGCAUGGCUAGAGACCGUGGCCAGAUUUACGAGGCGUCCGAUUGGUUCAAAGAAGCCCUCCAAGUUAACCAGGAGCACCCAGACUCGUGGUCCCUGAUCGGCAACCUGCACCUGGCCAAGCAGGAGUGGGGCCCGGGGCAGAAGAAGUUUGAGCGCAUCCUGAAGGGGGCCCCCGGGGACGCCUACUCCCUGGUGGCCCUAGGCAACGUGUGGCUGCAGACGCUGCACCAGCCCAUGCGGGACCGGGACAAGGAGCGCCGCCACCAGGACCGGGCGCUCGCCAUGUACAAGCAGGUGCUGCGCCUAGACCCCCGCAACAUCUGGGCCGCCAACGGCGUGGGUGCCGUGCUCGCGCACAAGGGCUACAUCUCGGAGUCACGCGACAUCUUUGCCCAAGUCCGUGAAGCCACGGCUGACUUCUGCGACGUCUGGCUCAACAUUGCUCACAUCUAUGUCGAGCAGAAACAGUAUGUGGCAGCCAUACAAAUGUACGAGAACUGCCUGCGCAAGUUCUUCCGGCAUCACCACGUGGACAUCCUGAUCUUUCUGGGGCGGGCCCUGUUCCGCUGUAACCGGCUGCGGGAGUGCAAGCGCAUCCUGCUCCGGGCGAGGAGGGUGGCGCCCCAGGACACCCUGCUGCUGUACAACAUCGCCCUGGUGCUGCAGCGGCUGGCCGCCCAGUGCCUGCGCGACGACAAGUCCUCCCUGGCCACCGUGCUGUCCGCCGUGCACGAGCUCGGCCUGGCGCACAGGUAUUUCCAGUACCUCAGCGUUCACGGGGAUCGCAUGAAGUACGACCUUGCUCAGGCCGCCAUCGAGUCAAGGCAGUGUCAGGAUCUGCUGAGUCAGGCGCAGUACCACGUGGCACGUGCUCGCCGCAUGGACGAAGAGGAGAGGGAGAUCAGGCGCAAACAGGAGGAGGAGAGGGAAGCCCUCCGGCGCAAGAUCUCCGAGGAGCAGAGGAUCCUGGAGGAGCAGAAGCAGGAGCAGGAGCGGGCCAUGAUCAUGAAGCGGCAGGAGUUUGUGGAGAAGAGCAAGAGCAAGCUCCAAUUCGCAGACUUCCCGGAGGACAAGCCGGGCAAAAAGUCCAAGGGUCGCAAGUCUCAGGACUACGUGAGCGACAGCAGCGACGAAGGGGGCGACGGCGAGAACGCUGAGAACAAGGAAAAGAAGGAGAAGAAGAAGCGCAAGAAGCACGCCGCAGGCUCGGACGGCGAGGACAAGCCGUCGCGCAAGAAGAAGAGGAAGGAGAGACAAAGCCGCAGGGACGGAGGGGACGGAGAGGGCAGGAGAGGGCGCAAGGGAGGCAAGGCCACCAAAAAGGCGUCGGCCGCAAAGGAUUCCGGCAUGACCGCCAAGCAGCGGCUGCGCAUCGUCUCCAAGGCCACCAUUUCGUCGAGCGAGGACUCGGACUCCGACAAGGGCAAGUCCAGUGGCGACGAAGAGGGUGGCAAGCAGACCAAGCGCAAGAGGGUGGCCUCCGAGAGCGAAGGAUCCGGCUCCGACACCGGUGCCAAGGGCAAGAAGAAGCAGAAGAGGAAGAUUGUGGCUUCGGACUCCGAGAAGGAAGGGUCUCCAGGGAGCAGUCCACGGCGCUCCAGGUCGAGAUCCGCUUCUGGGUCACGGUCGGGGUCCAACAAGUCCCGCUCUAAAUCGGGCUCAAGGUCGAGGUCCGGUUCACGCCAGAACUCGCGAUCUCGAUCCAGGUCAAAGUCCGGUUCGAGAUCGAGGUCCGGCUCCCGAUCGAAGUCCAGGUCUAGAUCUGGCUCCCGAUCAAAAUCCGGAUCCCGAUCCAAAUCGGGCUCCCGAUCCAAAUCUCGUUCCAGAUCCAAGUCCGGUUCCAGGUCAAAGUCCGGUUCCAGGUCGAAAUCUGGUUCAAGAUCAAGGUCCAGAUCCAAAUCUGGCUCCAGAUCGCGUUCUAGAUCUAAAUCUGGUUCGAGGUCACGGUCUAGAUCCAAGUCCGGCUCACGUUCCCGAUCCAAAUCCGGGUCGAGGUCCAAGUCAGGAUCGCGGUCGCGCUCCCGAUCGAAAUCGGGGUCUCGGUCGCGCUCGAGGUCGAAGUCCGGUUCAAGGUCGCGCUCAAGAUCAAAGUCGCGCUCGAAAUCGGGUUCGAGAUCUCCAUCCGGUUCGCAACCCGGUUCAAAAGAGGGGAGCCCAGUCGGUUCGGCUGGCUCACGAUCCAAAUCUGGAUCACCAGCACAGUCCGGUUCAGAGAGCGAAUGAAGUUCUCAAUAUGUUUUUCAUUUCAGACCUGAAAGCCUGCUUCACCAUCAUUUCCUUUUGCCUCUCUUCACUCUGUGUAUCUGUGCUAUUUUCUCGGUCUGUCAUUCGCAGGGUAUCGCAGCUACUGCUUUGUGCGAUUCAUUGACAGGAGGAAGUCGAGUUUAUUAUCACCUUGACAGCCAUUUUCCGAGCAUUGCGUGAAAAAUUAGCCACUCUGGGCCAAGAACUUUUGACGGCGGUUGUAAUGUUGUGGCACAUAAAAAACUACAACAGCUGUGCAGCGACUGCUGUUUGACUUGUUGA